AACACACGUAUUGUAUGCUUCCUUCAUCAGUUCCACCGUCGAGUCGCACCACUUGGUACAUUACGCGUGGUUGGUGACAAUGAGAGUCGCCGUGUUGUUGCUGCUGUCGUGUUGGUGGAGUGGCGUGUCAGCGGAGUGCGUGGUGCAGGACCUUGAAAUACACAAAGAAAAUAUGCUGGAGCUCAUCCUGGAUCUGGUUCUGUUCAACGGGGAGGAACACCAUAUGGACAAUGGCGUGACGCUGUCAUGUCAACACGGAGUCCUUCAGGCCAAGUUUAGAGACGCAGAGCCAUUGGUGAUUGACAAGCAGUGUCUUACUCUGUAUGUAACGAAACAAGAGGACGAGAACGUUCUCUCCUGUGAGAUUCCGCUUGAGACAGAAACAUGGUCGAAAGAUUUAUUACCCAUUGGUACAGACGUACAGAGUGUAGAUACCUCCGACGGUGAGGACCCUAUGAGCAGGCGCCGCAGAGACGUCGGUGAUGGAGCCGGAGAACGUCAAGAUGAAGUCUAUCUCAUCAGGAACAAGAGGGUUCUAAGAAAACAAGAGAUCGAACUCUUGAAGGAUGGGGCUUGAUAGAUCAGAGGACAUUAAUACCUGGGCAAGGUAGAGUGAUCUCCCUUCUAUUAAGGUUGAAAAGUCGAGAUAAAAUACAUUUAAAUACGA